AGCCUCAACGUGAACGCGGCGGGAGAGGAGAAGCCGCACGCUCGCGACGACGCACCCUUCCUCUCCGUCCCCCCCAAGAAACCGCCCCGCCUCUUGCGCGACCCCCCCGGCGACGACCCCGCCGACCCGGACUCCGACGACGACGAUCGCGCGCCGUUUUCGCGGCGUCCGUUCUGCGUGUACCGCGGCCACUCGGCGGACGUUCUCGACGUGUCGUGGUCGCGCAACUACUUCAUCCUGUCGUCGAGCAUGGACAAGACGGUGCGGCUGUGGCACGUGUCGCGCGCCGAGUGCCUCUGUUGCUUCCAGCACAUCGACUUUGUGACGGCGAUCGCGUUCCACCCGAAGGACGACCGCUACUUCCUCAGCGGCUCCCUCGACGGCAAGCUGCGGCUGUGGAACAUCCCCGACAAGAAGGUGGCGCUGUGGAACGAGGUGGACGGAGCGACGAAGUUGAUCACGGCGGCAAACUUCUGUCAGAAUGGUCGCUUCGCCGUCGUUGGCACGUACGACGGACGCUGCAUCUUCUACAGCACCGAGCUGCUCAAGUACUUCACGCAGAUCCACGUCAGGUACAUCGUCUGUGCGUCUGAGGACCACUACAUCUACAUCUGGAAGGCCUACCACGACUACGCCAAGUUCUCGUCGGCCCGCCGCGACCGCAACGACUACUGGGAGGGCAUCCGCGCGCACAGCGCCGUCGUCACGGCAGCCGUCUUCGCUCCCAACCCAGCGCUGCUUAUACAGGAGGAGUGGCGAGCCGAGAGGAAAUCUACAUCGGGCUUGUCAGCAGAAGCAGCUGCAGGAGCAGCAGCAGCCGGCUCUGUCGCUGACCCGCUAACACAGGAACUGCAGCGGCGGCCAUCUUGCGCUCACGAACCCGGGUAUUUGGGCGAAGCGCUCGUGACGGCGGACUUUACAGGUUCUAUCAAGGUUUUAGUGAAUCGAGUUAAACCACGAUCAACAGGGGGCACUGUUAGCACCACUCUGCCGCUAGCGCCCAGCCACUGACCAACCACCAGAGGACGCUGGUCGUGAAGCUACAGAAAAGCCACCACUAGAGGGAGCUGCGCGACAUCGGUGACCUUGUCACUAGGUGGAGCCACGUCGAUGAACACGCUUUGGGGAUUCUUCCUACAAAUCACGCUUAAGAACGUAAAUGACGAAAUGUCGUAAUAUUGAAAAUUUCUUUCUGGUGGAUCUGUGUGCAAAACAGUGAGCGGAGAAAACCUUCGCCACUGUGCAAUCCAACCAGAUAUACACAUAGAAACCGCGCUUCGUAAGGGAAAAUUGUGAAAAAUCCAGUUUCCAACUAGAAGUAUUUUCUGCUGGUUGUGAGUAAGCUCAUCAGACAAUUGCUCUCAGUCCGUGUAUUUGAUUUUAAUGUCGUCGACGUAAGUCACUGAAUGUAUCUUAAACUAAUCUAAACGCCGAUUCGUAUUAAGGACAUAUCGCGGGUAGCUGGGGAAUCGACGAAGGUCGCAAAUGCAUAUAAAUACAGUUGAGUAUUUAUAUGCGUAUUUUAUGCUGCGUCACCUUCCAGAUAUUCACGCGUCAGCGGAGAAAUCUGUGACGCAUGUAUUUUUGCUACGCGUAGAGCUUGAGUGUUGUUUGAGCGAACACGAAAUGUCGUGUUGUCUCGCGGCGGUGCGCGGAAUGGAACUAUUUUACGGCGGAUAUAUUUUUAGCGGAAUCGUGAGGACGCGCGUGCAUGCCGGCGACGUUGGGUGAACGUUACUGCGAUGAGGUAUAAAUCGUGAUGUAUAUACAGAGUUGUUGAAGGGCUUUGCUGCAUUUAUAGUAGGCAGCUUUAAUGCUAUACGAAGCAUGUUAAACAGGUAGAAGGUCUUGUAUGCCGAGGAGGUUGGUUUAGCUUACAUAUAUAUAUAUAUAUAUAUAUGUAUAUGUAUAUAUAAAUUAUAUAUCUAGGGAAUUCAAGACGUCAUGGUAAGCAGGUACAGGUAUGAACACGGACACGCGUAUCAAAACCAGUUUGGCCACCGACGGAAUUUAGAUAAUAGAGAUUAUGCGAACGAAAGUAUCUUUAGAAGAUAGGCAUUGUGGCUGUAGACAGUGCUUCGUUUGUGGCCACCUGAUUAUGUUCACAGCAAUGAUUGAGUGCCUGGGGCACACGUGGCGUGGAAUCCGUAUGCGUUGAAAAAUCGAGCAGUCGUGCUUCGUGUGCGAACAUAUGAUGUGAUUGUACGUAUGCUGCUGUUGUGUAAAAAAAGACGGGCAGAGAAAAAGUAGAACAGUUGAAGAGCUCUACUUCAGCCCUUGUACAUGCAGGUUCUGUCUGGGGCGUGGGAGCUUGAAUGUCAUUUGCUAUUAUUGCAUAAUACACACCAUUACUAGUUCAUUACAUUCGUGUCCUCAA